UGUCCAAUAUGUGUGUGUGUAUGAGUGUGUCUGUGUGAGAGACUGAGAAGAACGUGCAACAUACUUUUAACAGACAUUAAAACUACAAACAGAUUUAGAUGCUAACCGUCAAGCCAACAUGGACUUUUGAAUGGGAUUUAUAAACUGCUUGAACUCAGAAAGAUGGAGACGCUGUUUGCCAGAGCCCUCUAUGCCAACACGGCUGAAACCGAAGAUGAGCUGGCGUUCUGCAAGGGUGAAAUCAUUUUGGUGCUGGAGAAGAACGUUGUGGGAAGCACCGGCUGGUGGAAGUGUGCUCUCCGGGGGCGUCAGGGCCUGGCACCCGCUAACCGCCUGGCACCUCUGUCACCGGCCGAGGCUGAACAAAUAGCUGCAGAGAGAGACUGUUCGACCAAUCACAGCCAUCAGAGCAUCUAUCAAACACCAAUAGCUUUAUCAAAGUCCCCUGAGUUGCCCAUUUAUGAAGAUAUGAAGACUAUUUAUAAAGUGCCUCCACAAGGCGUCUGUUCACCAAACAAACAAGAAGAUCCUGAAGGAACCAGGCCUUUACAUGAUGGCUUAUCUGCUCAUCCCAAAACUGGUGCAGAUAUAUAUGAUGUCCCAAACCUGCUGAGAAAAUCCUGCUUGUUCACAGCAUCUCCUCUGCACCCUUCGGAAACAUCACUGAUGUCAAGCGCUGAAUUUCACAGCAGAAAUGAGGCGACAAAUAUGCUGCAAAUGCUACAAAAUGUGAGAUGUGAGACUGCAACUAAUCACAAGGCUACCACCUUACCUCCAUUUGGUACCCAAGACCCUAAUUAUGACUUCCCAGUACCCUCCAUCACUGAGGAUUCUAAAAAGCCUCGGUGUGGUUAUAGUACCAUGCCAAAUCCCUGUAAGUCGGAAUGGAUCUAUGACGUGCCUGUCUUUCCACAAAAACAGGGAUGUGAACCUGGUUACUGUGACACCCUGCCACCAAAAGAUAUUGACUCAACCACAGCUCUUUAUGACAUUUUGCCGGCACGCAUUUGGCCUGAAAAGAAGCACUGUCCCAUCCAGCCCCUAUAUGACGUCCCUAAACCAAGCAUUUCAUUAACACAGUCUUGCACAGUCAAUGAGUAUUCACCAAUUUCAUCCAUUUACGAUGUCCCACCUUGCUUUAGACAAACCAAAACUACUGCAGAGCAACCCAGAAAGCAAAGCCCUCCCGAGAUGGACUCUAAAAAUGGCCAAGAACCACUCGAGUACAGGGGUAAACCAGGACCGUUGUACGACCAACUUCAUCGAUGGCCAUCAAGAGGCAGGACACCCUUCAGACAGCCUUUAGAAGGUACAGUUAGGAGGGACAACGAGGGUACCAGAGACCACCAAAGGAGUUCAACGGUGUCCACUUCCUCCACAGCUUCCAGCUCUUCCAGGAGUUCCUGUGACUCUUUCAUGCUAAGUUCUCCCGAACCCGAACCCUUGCGUGAGAUCACCCUUUCCCAGGAGGAAGCUGGAAACAAGUUGCUUGAGUUAAAGGAAGCGGUUUGCCAGUCAGUGCCCAAACUUAUGCUGUUCGUCAGCAGCCAGUGGAGGAGCAGAGAGCACCUGGGUCAGCACCUCGAUCAGAUCCGCACCGCAUCCGAGGACGUGACUGACUCCAUUGACUCCUUCUUGAACUUCACUUUGGAUGUCCGAGGAAAUGCACAACGGCUGACAGACUCGAACCUACAGACUCGGCUCCUCAAGCAGCUCUCCAUUGUUGAGGACUCGGGGCUGAUUCUUCAACAGGCUGCGAGUGCUCUUCGAGAUCAGGGUUGGCAUCUGGAGGUUUUAGCUCAGGAUGCUGGCCAUUCACAGAUGCCUGAUCACCUGGAACGCUUUGUUAUGGUGGCUCGAACCGUGCCGGAGGAUGUGAAGAGGCUGGUGUCCAUGCUGAACGCGAACGGAAAGCUUCUUUUCAGAGUGCAGGUGAAAGAGCUGGAGGUGAUGGAGAAUGAGGGAUCGUCCGAAGGGACAAACCACAAAAAAUGUGAACCAAUGGUUGACUCGGGGAUAGACGAGAGUGACUAUGUGCAACUUCAGACAACAGCAGAGAUUGAGCAGGAACCAAAACCAACCAAGAGCAGCAUUAAAUCAAAGAGAAACAGUGAUUCCUUGAAAAAACAGGUUUCCAAACCACAGUCCGGCAGCCCUUGCAAUCCAAUCCAAACCUCAAGGAAAUGUCCAAUCUCUGACCACUGCCGGCUGUACUUCGGAGCCAUUCAGAAAGCCAUCAGCGUGUUCAUAAGCAGUCUGAAUGAGAACAAGCCUCCGGAACAGUUCAUCUCCCACAGCAAGCUGGUUAUCAUGGUCGGCCAAAGACUCGUCAACACUCUCUGCAGUGAAGCUAAAAGUCGAGAAGCCGGUGAGGAGAUGCUGGCCAUGAGCAAUCAGCUGUGUGCCCAGCUCAAGCAACUAGCCUUGGUGACCAAGAAGGCGGCUUUGAACUUCCCUGACAAACUGGCAGUCCAGGAGGCACAUGACAUUGCCAAAGAGCUGGCGCAAAGGGCACAACACUUCAGAACGUCACUGGAUGUCUGAUGUCCCAUCUGUUUGCCCAGUUUAUUGACUGGAGGUGGGUUAGUGAAGAUAGCAUGGUGUUUUAUCUGUGGAUUGGAGGAAUUUGUAUGCAAGUCUGAAUCAGCCAUGUUUAAACUGAACCCCUUUUUUUAAAGGUAAUCUGGAUGUUGAAGGUAACAAAGGGACCACUUACAGUCAUAGCCUUAAAGGGAUAGUUCACCCCAAAACAAAAAUGUCCUCAUCAAUUACUCACACUCAAGUGGAAUUAAUUCAUUUCUUCUGUUAAACACAAGCAAGAUAUAGCCAUUAGCUUUUUUAUCUAUUUAUAUGCACAGUUAAUAUUGCGUUAAAAAUGCAUAAUGAAAAUGCCAAUAUGCGUAUAUAUUUUAAAACUGUGAAUAAAAAACAACAGAUGCUUAUUGGAUAAGCUUUUUAAAGGUGCUGUAUGCAAGUUUGACACCUAGUGGUUGAACUGGGUAUUACACGCCUGGUUCAAAACACACACAUACGCAGGUUGCUAGAUUAACGACACCAACAGGAGUAUGCCUACCUGUCAAACUUAAAGGCUGAUUUAAGUCGUGUUCUAAAUAAAAGCAACGGCAUGCGAUAUAAGGAAUAUUCUCCAUAUUAAAUUGACUUUUGUUCUAAUCAACACCUGAAAUUGAUAUUUUAAAAAGGGCUUCUAUUUCGUGCAGCAGGACCACAAAAAACUGAAAAUGAUCACCUCAGGUACACCUCAUCUGCUUUAUUCAGUGUUAAAUGCUAAUAAUGUGAGUUUGAAUGCCAUUUUACAUGACAUUUAUUGCCAUACUACUGAAAGCAGC